AUGGAGCGGAAAGGUGAGCGGUGGAGCGGCCUCCGCCACGAGGGGCAACGGCCGCCGGGCGAGGACCGGGGGGCGGGGGGUCUGCGCCGGGAGCAUUGCCCAGCCGCUGCGGUCCGCUCGCCGGGCGUGCAGCGCCCCAGUACUGAGGUGGCGCCGCCGCCCCUCCGCCCCCGCCCCGGGGCCGCCGCCGCCGCCGCCGCCGCUCCUCGCCCCUCGGCCCGGGCGUCCUUCCGCACGGGCAGUCAUCGCCCCUCGUUCCCGGCCCGGCCGAGCGGCGCGUCGGGGCGGCUCCUGGGCCUGGCCGCGGGCGGGCGGCGCCGGCCCCCUUCCGUGUGCCCCGGGCCCCGGCCCGCGCCCCUUCCGGCGCAUCCCGCCUUCGCGCCGCCCUGCGCCCGCUGGGCCGCCGGACCCCCGGUCCGUGCCGCGGCGCCGGGCCCGGAGCCGCACCGCCGGCUGGUCCCGGCGCUGGGCCUGGCGCCGCUGCUCGGGCUGCACCGCCUCUCCUCCAGGCACGCCGUUCAUCCCUCCUUCUCUCCCGCAGUGCUCGCGCUCCAGGCCCGCAAGAAGAGGACCAAGGCCAAGAAGGACAAAGCCCAAAGGAAACCUGAAACUCAGCACAGAGGCUCUGCUCCCCAUUCUGAGAGUGAUCUACCAGAGCAAGAGGAGGAGAUUUUGGGAUCUGAUGAUGACGAACAAGAAGAUCCUAAUGAUUACUGUAAAGGAGGUUACCAUCUUGUGAAAAUUGGAGAUCUGUUCAAUGGGAGAUACCAUGUGAUCCGAAAGUUGGGCUGGGGACACUUUUCAACAGUGUGGUUAUCAUGGGAUAUUCAGGGGAAGAAGUUUGUAGCAAUGAAAGUAGUUAAAAGUGCUGAACAUUACACUGAAACAGCACUUGAUGAAAUCCGGCUGCUGAAAUCAGUUCGCAAUUCAGACCCUAAUGAUCCAAAUAGAGAAAUGGUUGUUCAACUACUAGAUGACUUUAAAAUAUCUGGAGUUAAUGGAACACAUAUCUGCAUGGUAUUUGAAGUUUUGGGGCAUCAUUUGCUCAAGUGGAUCAUCAAGUCCAAUUAUCAAGGACUUCCAUUGCCUUGUGUCAAAAAAAUUAUUCAGCAAGUGUUACAGGGUUUGGACUAUUUACACACCAAGUGCCGUAUCAUACACACUGACAUUAAACCAGAGAACAUUUUACUGUCGGUGAACGAGCAGUACAUCCGGAGGCUGGCCGCAGAAGCAACCGAAUGGCAGCGCUCUGGGGCGCCCCCUCCCUCGGGAUCUGCAGUUAGUACUGCACCCCAGCCUAAACCAGCUGACAAAAUGUCAAAGAAUAAGAAGAAGAAAUUGAAGAAGAAGCAGAAACGCCAGGCAGAAUUACUAGAGAAGCGAAUGCAGGAAAUUGAGGAAAUGGAGAAAGAGUCUGGCCCUGGGCAAAAAAGACCAAACAAGCAAGAAGAAUCAGAGAGUCCUGUUGAAAGACCCUUGAAAGAGAACCCACCUAAUAAAAUGACCCAAGAAAAACUUGAAGAGUCACAUACCAUUGGCCAGGAUCACUCACUCACCCCCCUCUGUGUAGAGGGUGGCACAGGAGAAAUUAACUGCAAUGGAGUAAUCGGAGUCGUUAAUUACACUGAGAACAAUAACAAAGAAACAAUGAUGCUUAAAGAGGAUCUCCAUAAUGCUAAUGACUGUGGUGUCCUAAACUUGAAGCAGGAACCUAACUUUGUCAACUCCCAAAACGGAGAUAGCAGGUCUCAAGACACAGACGCUUGCACAUUGGUAGCUUCUGAGGUGCCUCCAGACACCAUGGUCUGCCAGUCUCCGGCAAAUGUAGAUCAGUCAUUUUGUGGACAGGACAUUAGCCAACUUCAGGAAAGCAUCCGGUCAGAGAUGCCGUGUGAAGAUGAGCAGGAGCGGAACGGCCCCGUGGAUAACAAAGGGAAAACUGCUGCUGGAAAUUUUCUUGUUAAUCCCCUUGAGCCAAAAAAUGCGGAAAAGCUCAAAGUAAAGAUUGCUGACCUUGGGAAUGCCUGCUGGGUGCACAAACACUUCACUGAAGACAUUCAAACAAGGCAGUACCGCUCCCUGGAGGUCCUGAUUGGCUCUGGCUAUAACACCCCUGCUGACAUCUGGAGCACUGCGUGCAUGGCCUUUGAACUGGCGACAGGGGACUACCUGUUCGAGCCCCACUCCGGGGAAGAAUACACCCGGGACGAAGAUCACAUUGCAUUGAUCAUAGAACUUCUGGGGAAGGUGCCUCGCAAACUCAUUGUGGCAGGAAAAUAUUCCAAGGAAUUUUUCACCAAAAAAGGUGACCUGAAACACAUCACGAAACUGAAACCCUGGGGCCUUUUUGAGGUUCUGGUGGAGAAGUAUGAGUGGUCUCAGGAAGAGGCAGCCGGCUUCACGGAUUUCUUACUGCCCAUGUUGGAGCUGAUUCCGGAGAAGAGAGCCACUGCCGCCGACUGUCUUCGGCACCCGUGGCUCAACUCGUAAGGCCCGCCCAGCGCUGCGCGGAGACCUCAGCAGGCCGCGGCCCCUCCCCUCUGCUCUUGCUCGUGUCCCUUUUCAGGGUGAAGCUCUCCUCGAGGGUUUCUAGGUUGUUGGUUGUUUUUUUUCCCCUUUUAAUCCAGCCUAUUCAUUGGGGGGGUGCUUACUUGACACUGUGGAGAUAUCCCCCACAGCCCCAGGGCGCAUCCUAGGUGAAUCUGGCCUUGAUCAGGCUCCGCCAAAGACUAAGGUUCUGAAAUGUGAAGCAAUCUCUCGCCCUGUGCCCUGUCUUUGCAUUAGGACAUCCUUUAAAUUAUGCGCCCGAGUCCUUUUUCAGAGAGCUCUAAGGCUUGUGUGAGCGCAUCCUUUUAUUCCUGACUCUACGAGUCAAGUUUUCUAGUGCGUGUCCCAGCGCCAGCGUAAGGCAGAGAAGGGGAGAAGAGUGUCGCUUCCGUGCACAGCAGAGGCAUUAAACUUGCUGGGUCCAGGCUGCAUCAUCCUCCUGGAUUGUUUCUGUUGUUCUCUCUAUUCACAUUCUCUCCUGCGACUGUCUUUGUAAAUGAGCUGUAGAAACAUCGAAUGUGUUUUAUCACUGUUCAAAGCACCGUCAAAUUCCUUUCAUCCCUUAAUAACUCUUUAAGAUCGUGAAUCUUCAAGUCUGAUUUUUUUGAUGGUAACAAGAACAGAGCCAUUGGCUAGUGAUUUCCUCAGAGCCGCAGUUAUCGAGCCAAAAGUCCUUUCCCGGGAGUUCCCCUGUCUGUUCCGUACCAGCAGUUCCUCCGAUGGGCUUCUCUGGCGUUAGGAAUCCUCGCCUGGUGCUUGACUCUUGGCACCUGAGUUUGUUGCCCGGUGACUGAAGAAUCCCGGGCAGCUUCAGGAAGGCAGUCUGGGCUGCAGAGAUUCCCCACCUG